UUGUCGUUUUUAUUUCUUGACACAGGGUGUGGUCACGUAUCACAUGACUUCCAGCUUUUUGUCCAAGGGCGCAUGCCUGGAUAACAACCAUUCACAUUUCAUCCUUGUUGAUGAUGGGAGAGAAGGAAAAUAUGGAGGGGAAAUCCCAUUUCGUGCCAGCCUUCAAAACUGCAUAACAACGAAAAAGAUCUCCAGGAGUGAGUUAAUUUAUUUAAAAUACAAGUCAGAUGUUGCUUUAAUUGUAAGAGAACUAAAAGUAAAAGUUGAAAAAAAAAUUAGUCCAGCACGAACCGAGCGAGGGGGUUAGGGUUAGGGUUUUUCAGCUCACAAAUAUGUAUUAAGUCAUCCCAGAUAGAAUGUGAAACACGAGGCGAACAAAAGCGUAUUGGAAAAAAAAAAAAAAAGAAAAAAGUCAAUGACAAAAAUAAAGGGAACAUUUAAGCCUUUGUUUUCUCGCAAAAACUUGACUCGUGGACUAUUAGUGAUCAGAGUAAGAUGGCUUCUGCGCAACUGACUCUAUACCAACUAAUGGCACCGGGAGACAAGACAAACGCGGAAGUUGCAGUUUAAUGGUUUUUAAUUUCUCAUAACAACUUGUUCAAUCUUUGCUCAAAUUAGGGUUAGAACGGACUCCUCACCCUUGCUCUUUUGUUUUUCAGGUAAAUCGCAUGGUAUUCCUGUGGUGCUUCUUGUUCUUGAGGGAGGUCCCAACACGAUUCUUACAGUGUUGGAAUCUGUAACGAGCUGUCCAGCUGUGCCUGUCGUCAUUGCCGAAGGCAGCGGUAGAGCUGCAGAUAUAUUGGCGCAUGCGCAUAACCUAGUCUCCUCGAAUGACAGGUAUGUAAUGGAAUUUUGCUUCCACUUAUGUCAUAUGAAUCUUUUACUGAUAUUAUUAUCUGACACUCUAUGCCAGGAAAGGCCAAUUUAGGCGAUAAUUCUGUUGUAGGCCAUGGCUUACGACGAUUUUGUUUUCCUUUGCUGAUACUCCUCAAAAAGUAGACGUCAUUCAUCCGGCAAAAUAUAUUUUUUUUCUUCUCUUUCUCCUUCUUCUUCUUCUUCUUCUUCUUCUUCUUCUUCGUCGUCGUCGUCGUCGUCGCCAGCUUCUUUACAAUUUUGCAUGAAAUAGUGGUUACACAAAAAAUGUACACCCCAAACUGUUGUUCAUAAGGUUUUUUUUUCAUUUCACCUUCCUUUGUUCAAAGCACUGACAUGGAAGACAUGGCGGACGUUGUGGAACAUCAGCAGCUCUUAAUGAAAAUUCAGAAAGCUUUUCCGGAAUGUAACGAGCAGAAAUGCUUGUCUGUUUACCGCGAUGUGCUCAAAUGCGUGGGAAAUAAGAGAUACGUAAGUUGACUGAGAGACACAACUCACUGUAGUUAUAUAUUGAAGUAAGCACAAACCAGCUUGACGCAGAUCAAAUGUUAGUAGGUUCUAAAAGUAAGAUUUGAUUUAUUAGUAGGGUUCUUAUUAUCGCGAAAGAUAAUCUAGUUUAAUUUUAUCGGGCUGAUUUAGAAACCUACUCUGCAAAGAACAAUAAUAGUAUAAACCGGAAAUAUAAACUCUUCUUCCGAAGAAUUUUCGUCGCCACGGGCACAGAUUAACAUUUAUGAAGCCAUUGUGAAAGGUUUGAACCAAGGAUUCAUUUCAUAAGUCGACGAAGCAUGAUCGUCCGGGUGAUCGUAGUCCUGAGAAGGACUGCUGUUGACAGUAGUCCUGAAUUGGGAGGGACUGAAACCAAAGAUCCCAUUGAACUUGCUCCCAGGGAUACGAGUCCGGUUAAGUUUGCCGGAGAUAACGGAACUGUCCAUCAUACCAACGAUAAUUGGCUCAGCGGUUAGCUAAGUCCCUCACCACUUCGCAAUAUUUUAAUAAUGCUGGAGUCAACGACGGGUAUUUGAUGGAAUAAACUGUUAAAGUGUUAAAAAUCGUUGGCCACUAGUUAACAGUAGCGUUUCGUUUUGGUUUGUGAACAGGCUCUAAACAUAAUUUAGCCUGCCCGAGAUCUUGUUCACCUAGACACAGAGACCGCGUAUUUGAGGUCUUCAUUGUUGGUUAACAAAAGCACGCGUGAUUCCAAAUGAAUCGCUACAAUUUGAAAGGGCUUGCGUAACGGAACUUGCAAGGUAGUUUGGUCACCUUCUGUGAUGUCGCUGAUUUCCUGCUGGACCACUAAGCAUGUAGAGGGAAGGAUUUGAGGGGCUUCAACAGUGACUACAUUUGUAUUAGGAGUGGUGGGCUGGGGGAUGGCACCAGCAGCUUGUAGGUUUUGCAACACUGAAGCGGUAAUGGUGGAUCUAAGCUGGGCGAUAUCCAAAGAAGGCUGAGUGACAGUUGUUUGCGCUGGGCGUUUCUCGGGUCCUGUACUAACUGCUGGGAAUGGGGGAACCUCUUCUGCGUCUUGAAUAGGUCAUUGCGGCGGUGCAACCGGCAAAGCUGGGGUCGAAUUCUGUGAAGAAGGAUUGUCGUUGCGGGCACGCUUUGCCCUUGUUGAAACACGAGCAGGCUGUGAGACGGCGCGUUUCUUGGCUGGCAAGGCUUUGUCCUGGAAAAGAAAAAGGAAAUACAGUAAUACAGGACAUAAGUGCUUGGUAUAAAAGGAAGCUGCUGGUUGACUAGUCAUAUUUUCACUGAUAACAAAUUUCAUGGGUUAAUCGAUAAAAAAAUUGCGGUUUCCGGUGAGAAAACUCAUCUUUCUCUAACAUCUUUGGGCAUGCUAGGCUAAAGACAAGAACCCAGACUUACGGGCUGCAAUAAUGUCCCAUCAAAAUUAACAGACACGGUUGGCGGUCAUGAACGAAAAAGACGACAUUUACGUCGCUCUUAACGGUCGGAGUGAAAAGAGCUCAUUACUAGAGGUAGCCGCCAAAAAUAGUGCACUUUUACACCUUAAUUAUAGUCGGCAAUUCCCGGUAAUAAAUCGAUGAAAACGUGCUUUGAAGUGACUUAAGGACUUACCAAAAACCGGGCGCCACUGGGCAACCCAUGAUUAACGCCCAUUAGGGCAUGUCAAAUAAUACAUACAAAACCAGGGUCAAAAAGUAAAACUAACAGUUCUGACAAACUAACAGUUCUGACCACCAAACCAGCAGGUAUAUAUACGUUGGGGGACGAUAAAUGGGAAUGUGACUGUCUAAGAAGGGUUACGAGCCCAUGUGCAAAGAGGGAAAGAGUUUGACACCGCCCUCUCGAUCUCCUGAAAAUAUUCGUCAACUCUUUAUUACUAUUGUGAAGAAGGACCCCAUCUCCCAAAAAAAACAGGUUGGACCAAUUGUGCUAGAACCAAAAAGCCUACAAAAUGGCACUUCCUCUAAGACAUUGAUAAACACACAAUUAGGUCAACAACCCUGACGUUAAAGAUGAAUCAUUCUUAUCGAACGCGCCGAUGCGAGCUUACAAAGGCAUAAGGCGCCGCCGAGGAAUUGGUUGAAAUAAACCAAGCUGGCAAGAUAGAAAUGGAGAAGGAAAGAAGUUACAAAUAUACUUGCCUGAAAAAGGAGAUGGCCCAACUCAAAGUCACCGAAGUUUCACUCGAAGGGCAGGAGUUAAAGGGAGAAAUGACAUUAGUGAUGUCCACCUUUUAAAGCGGAGAAAUAUGAUAUACACCUCACGUGUCUAAGUUCUGAGAGACGUAAAACCCUGCCUCGUGAUCACUUCAUGAUAAGUCAAAUACGUAAACUUGGCAUUGCAUAAUUACCAAUUAUCCGUACCUCAUAGUUGUUGCUUUUUAGUACAUUAAAAGCAUACUUUGGUAGAGGCUUUUGCGCAAUAGGGGGUAUUUUUGUCACUUCUCUGCUACUAACGUAAAAAGUAAAUUGGUUAAUAGAAAGGGUGAGUGGUAGCAGAAGCUCAAAUUGAUCGACUGCAGUAGUGAGGCGUUCAAUGAAUUGCCAAUCGUUAAUGUAGUUACUAAAUAUAUUUAUGAAAUACAUAUACCUCCUUUAGAUCACAAUAUUUCGUAUGGAUGAAGACGGUAUCAACAUUGACAGAGCGAUAUUGAGAGCUCUUUUGAAAGGUCAGAGAAAACUUUGCUAAUCUACUUCAUACCAUUUACAAGCCUAAUUAGGGUCUGCUGUUAAUUGCCAGUGCCAGAUCAUAGCUCGGGCCUAACCCUGUACUUUCUAAGCUGUUACCAUCAGCACUUAACUGCGGUGUCUUUUAAGUGGUUCUGCGCAAUAGAUUCAAAAUAGCAACUUCGCUUCGCUGCCAAAUUAGCCUCAGAGGUAACAAUACGUCAUCCUUAAAAGUAUCAUCCGUAAUAUCGACUACCUUAACAGAUAAUUACGAGCUGGCUCUAGCACAUUCUACUCCGAGGAUGUCAUUCACUGACUAAAUAUACUUUUCCCAGAUUUUGGUGCAAGAUUUGCUUUGGUGUGAGAGGAAUGCAAGUCGGUGACAGUCGAGCAAUGCUGCCAUUAAAAAUAUUCAUUUACUAAGGCCUUAUUAACCGCUGUUUGUUUGUCAAGUUUAUUUUUUAAACAGCAGUUAAUAAAGCGUCACUAGAACGAUAUUUUAUUUUUAAUCGUGCUGCUGAAGGACAACAUGAACCGAUUAAUGUUGCCAUUGUUAGUUGUUGUUGUUUUCUUUUUUCACAGCACAAAAUGCAUCUGCAGCGGACCAGCUGAGUUUGGCUCUGAUAUGGAAUAGAGUCGACAUUGCCAAAACAGAGAUCUUCACAGAUAAUCAGAAAUGGGAGGUAAAUCUGUAAUAUAGCAAAUUUUGAAAGCAAUAAAUUUGUACUUUGAAAAAAUGUAAAAAUUACAAAAAACAGAAAUCUCUGUUUAAAGUGGACGUGCACGUAGCUGCUCUAGCUAGUUGACAGACACUUAUGUCUAAAGAAUGCAAGCAAAUAUGCUUAAUGAAAAUAACAUGGAUGAAAGUGACCCAAAUGGCAAGAGCAGCUCGGAAAUGGCCUAUUCCAGUGGUAGUCUGAGCGAAACUUGAAUUGCAAGCCCUAAGCUCUGGCCAAUCGGCAACGCAGUCCCCUAGCAGUAGACAGUGUC